UUCCUCCAAAUAUGGGAGAAUAAGUGCACGUCAAAGUCAUGCGCCCUGCGUCCUGAAUUGUUUGACACUAUACGGUUGAGGUUGGAGUAGUUUUAGUUUGUAUCCAUGUCAUAAUAAUAUACUUUUACGUACUUAUUCAGGGCGGUAGUGUAAUUAUCUCUCCUUUGUUUACUGGCGUCCCAACCAGAAUAAUGAUUGGUACUUGUCACAUUUUGAAAGUCCUGCACGAAAGUCUGAGACAAACCGCGACACAACUCUGCGUGCACCGGUGCUAUGUCGUCCACACGCACAGGGCAUUGAGCACAGCACCUGCAUUUGUCCGCCUCGGGUCAAAGGUUUCUUCACUGGGCUGUCUCGCUGCAAGUCAGAGACACCAAGUUGCGUCUGUCCACUGUACAGCCAGAAGCAGAAGCAGCCCCGAAGACAGAGGCAAGUCUGUGUCCAGGUAUCAGAGUGGGACGCCUAAACCUUCAGCUGCACAGAAAGUGAAAGAAGCUGGAAGAGACUUCACCUACUUGAUAGUAGUUCUCCUCGGGCUGGGAGUGACAGGUGGGCUGCUGUAUGUGGUGUUUCAGGAGCUGUUUUCUUCCUCGAGCCCAAACAAGGUCUACAGCAGAGCUUUUGACAUAGUCAAAUCCCACCCAGAGGUGAUCGGUGCCUUUGGCGAGCCAAUCAAAUGCUAUGGUGAGACCACCCGUCGAGGAAGGAGGCAGCAAGUCAGACACACGGAGUACAUGAAGGAUGGACUAAAACAUAUGAGAGUUAAAUUUUACAUCGAAGGAUCAGAGCCGGGCCUGAAAGGAACGGUGCAUUCGGAGUCAAAAGAGAAUGCUGAGACUGGAAAAUAUGAAUUUCGCUAUAUAUUUGUGGACGUAGACACAUACCCAAGGAGGAGCAUUAUUGUGGAAGACAACAGAUGAGCAAGAUUUACAUGACUUCUCAGAUUUAAAAACAGGGAAAUGCUGUCUAACUUAAAUGCAGGCGUUUGUGUCCAUGGAUGAAAAACUUCUCUUUUUUUUUGCAAUAUUUUUGGUUGAUUGAAAGUCAUUUUUCUUGUAGCAGUUUAACAAAGUCAAAUGUAUUACAAAUAGGAAUUGUUUUGGGAUAAAAUUAUGGAUUGUAACUUUCAUAAAAUACGUGGAGUUUUUUAAUCUAAUUUGUUACCUGCGGUUUUAGAUUAUUUUGCUCAGCUAAAUUUUAUGUAUUUUUUUUUUCUUUUUUAAUAAAAAGGACUAGUAUUUUUUUUAGUUAUUACAGCAAAUAAAAACAGUUUUUAAAUUGUGAAAUUGGUUGGUUAGCUGUGUAUUUUCUGCAUUGUUUUGAAUAGUAUGGUGCAUCUUAAUAUAUUGACCACCAGAUGGAGACAAAAAUCUUAAUUAUUGUGUUGCGUGUCUUAUUUAUUUGAUAUAUUUAUCAUGACAUUAUUUUAGUCCGUUUUUUUUUUAUUUCAUUAAAACUUUAAUUUUUUGUGUAAAGCUUGGUCACAUAUCAUUUAAAUAUCUCUGGAUUGCUGUUUUUAUUCCUGCUACUGUGCAGGAGAUUAUAAACUCUUGAACGGAUCUAAACAAACAGCAAUUAUAAUUGUGUUUUUUUUUUUGUUUGUUUUUUUAAUAUAAAUCUUACUGAUACUCUAUAAAAAAAAUCAGGGUGAAAUGUCUUGGGUUACAACAGAAAGUUAAAACUUGCAGAAGAAAAUUCCCAAAACAAUGUCUACCGAUGCUCUUCAAAAGACAAAUCUUUUACUGUUAAACUGUUUUUUAAAUACUUUAUACUAUUUUGAUGCUUUAUAGAAUCUAAUAGACCUCAUUCAAAAGCCAACAACUUGCAUGCGCCACUAAUAUUUUGGCGGGAGUUUUCCAUAUUUGCCACAUUUACAGUUUGUCAGUCAAAUUCUCUGUAUGAAAUUGGUACUGACUCAGUCUCCAAGGGUUUUAGCUGCUGCUGCUACUUUCUAAUGAACAACAAUCAAACUUUAUUUGCCGAGUUGGCAUUUUACGGACAGGUGUAGCUCAAAAGUGCUGCACAAAGAUUAAAAAACAGCUGAACCAACAUAAAAAGCACACUAAAAUAGAGAAGUGUGUUGAAUCAUUUAUAAAUGUUUCAGAACUGAGGAAACACAAUCAUGCAGUGAGAAACAUCAGGAAGUCCAUGUCAAAAUCUGAUGAAGCCUCUAAAGUUAAAGACAAAUUCAUAAAUCAAAAUAGUGGUAAUAAUCGUAAUAUAGCAGCAUGUACAUUUAUUUAGUCAAGGAUAAAAGUUGUUGAAAUUGUUAGAACACAAAGUAGUUCAACACAAAUAAUAUGUAAUCAAAAGUCAGACUAAAAGUUGACACUUGAAAGCCUUUUCUACUUAGAAAGUAAAGGAAGAAACUAGUUUCAUGCAAUGCUCUGAUGGGGUUUUUGAUCAAGUCCUUAAAACAUUUUUAUGUACUUUCUUAUCUGUAGUUCUUAUUUAAUUAUUAUUCUGUUGUUUACAAAUAUGGUAGAAAAAAAAUCAGAAAAAAAAAAUAUAUAGAAACCAGAUGAAUGAAGUGUGUAGAGCAGCAGGAAUGAUUUCUAAAUCAUUUUAUAGAAAAUAGGGUGUCUAAACAAAGCUAUUUCGUAUGGUUACAUACGGCAUGGAUGACCGGAUCGUUAUUUAUACAGUCUAAAGCAAAGAAUACCAAUUAAUUCUUACUAAGAACUGGGUUUGUGAAGGGGGAGCGUCUUACUGGAAGCGCGAAACCAACACCCCCAUAAACACCGCCCACCUGGGUAACUGAAAGCAGCACAGAACACAGGAGGAUGUGGUCAGUCAGUCUGCGUUAGCUUCAACUCCGCUCAGUCUACUUAAGUUCUUUAUUUAACCUGAACUCAACGAAUAGCUCGCCCAGUUGAUAGUAAAUGGCAUGUUGUGAACAACGGAGAGGCGUGUUUAUCAAACAGAACAGUUUCAGUCGGUGUUUUGCGCUCCGAAUAAGUGACUAAAGCUGCCGCUGUUUUGGCCUGCUACACGGAUAUCCUAGCUAAAACUAGCAGCAGCCUCUAUUGGCUCCCGGAGCUUCACUGGCACCUCUCACCCGAAAUAGAAAGAGAAAUGGCACACCUUGCUAGCCAACUCAGGUGGACGUCUCUGUCUCUUUAAGGGAAAGUUGUGUGGUUCUUCAGUAAUGAGACGCUCCUCUCGGUUAUAAACGUCUUAUGAAAUGGAGCUUUACUGGUAUAUAGUUGUUAUAAUAUUCAUCAUCAUAAAGAUCUUCUUCUAUGUGUGCUGGUACCGGUCAAGACAAAGGCAACUGGCAGCAUAUUUGAGCAACACCCGCAAUGCACAGAUCGUCAUCGUCGGAGGAAGGGCUUACCUUCAUCAGAUGUGUGAGAGACAGAAUCAAGCAUCUGUGUGGCCCAGUUGGUACGGCGGUCAGGAGGACGCUUCGGUCGAGGAACCCUCCUCAACAAUGCCCCCGACUGCAUCCUUCUCCCACCUGGAAAUGCCCCCACCAUACGAGGUGGUCUCUGGAGAGGAUGACCUGAAGCCGCCUCCCUACAGCGAAUGCGCUCAAACCGACGAGACCAACUCACCUCAUCUCUCCCACAACACUCCUCUCAUUUCCGAGGGUGGAAACUCGAUUCGCAUCGGCGAAGCUCCUCCCCCCUACACACUGACUCCGCCUCCAGUAGCCGGCCCCCAGGGCAGUCCUGUGAGCCAGAGAGAGCCUCUGCCAGAAAGCAGGGCCACUUAAACAGCCGCUCAUUCAAGUUUGCCUUUUCCCCCUCCCCCCCGUGCCCCAUGCACUGCCUUCCUACAUUCAACCUCAGUGAUCGUUGCCUGCCUUACUCUCACCGUGAGAGCAAAUGUUUAUUUGGGUGGGCGUGUGCCUGUGUACGUGUGUGUGCCUUUGUUGGUUUUAGAACCAAUUUGCUUUUCUACUUGUAUUAAAAAGUGGUCAUCUGAUGAGUUUGGCAAUAACAGAUGAUUGCAGCAAGCCUUCGUGCCUCGGUCAGGACCGCAGAACCUGUUUUCCCAGCAAGGAUCAACAACAGAAAGAGGGACUUUUAAUCUGUGUUCUCUUUUACAUGUUUUCCUCUUGCUGUUUUGUCUGCAAUGUCCCACAGAGCUGAAUUGACUUCUUUAUUCUCAACAGCGUUUUUGGAGAAGCGAGUUCUUGUUCCUGAUUUUACAUUUUUUUAAACUUUGUUCUAUAGUUGUCCAGGACACAAUUAUUCAGCACCUGUUUGAUAUUAAAAUUCUUGUUUUAGACAAUCUAAAACAUCUUGAGCCACCAGGUGUACAUAUGCAUAAGAAAUAAUCAGCUGUCUGCUUGGUGUAUCAUUACUUCACUUGAGGUAUCUAUAAAUGCACUAAAUCAUUUACAUAAUUAAGCUGUGGCUCAUACUGAGAUGCUAGUUUACCUAACUGAAUGGGAUUGAGCACAGAAGGGGAGCAAGGUGAUGAAACAUUUAAUGUCAGUGGAUAUAUUCUUCCAGAUAUAGUCACUACUGAACUUUUUUUUUUUUUUGCUUUGCUUCUUUAUUUCAAAAAAUAAACGGAGACAUAAAAGUUCUUAUGAAAUGAAAUCAAACUAUGUAAAAUCGCUAUGUCUACAGUCAUCCACUAAAUUCUCUUAUUUUUGCCUUAAAAAAAGAAAAAUAGUGAGAAAUGACUAAACAAAAAAAAAAAAAAACAUCUGUUCCUUGUAAUCUUUCUGGCAACCAAGCACAGGCAGGUGGGCAUUAUUCAAGUGUUGUACUUUCUUGUAAAUUGCCAUUUUUGGAAAGGCGUUUAGUAUUUUCUUUAGAAGACUAUCAUAAAGCUAAAAUUGUAAUUUACUCCCGGAAUAUAAAGUUCAGAUAUUUGUUCUACAACAGUGUAUUUUGUGACCAAACAAGUGAUUCUUCAUAGCAGCACAGAGGAAGAAAUUCCACCCAAGCCAGCUCCUAACUGUAGCCUUUGGUGACACAAAGCCUGUGAAAAUUCAAUUUGCUUUCUUUUUUAAAAUUAUUUAUUUAAAUAAAAUAUCUGGAUUUCCUGGCCAUGGAGGACCACAGAAGGUGUUCUCUUUAUUAAUUGAAAAAUCUUGGCAUAACAGUUUAGGAGGCUGGAAACGGGUUGAAAUGGAGGCCGAUCAUCUCCCAUGGAAAACCCUAAAAGAAGCAUCCAAAAACAAAGUAAUAGUUGUGGAUAAAUGUUUUGUUGUUUUAUUUUUGUACAUUCUCUCUUUGACCAAUGUAUACCUAAUUUAACUCCCCUCCCCCUUUUUUUUUAACUGUAAAAUUUUCCGCCAGAGAUUAAAUGGGCCUCAUAUCUUGGUUAAUGGCUUCCUGUAAUGACGUCAAACACAAUGUUUUGACUAUGGAGCUAAAUGCACAUUCCCCAUUCCAGCACUGGUUGGCCAUCUUAUCUCUGCUUUACCCUUAGAUUUCACAAUAAAAUGAAUGAAUGAAUGGAUGCUGUAUAACUGUAUUUUAAUUUUUGGGACAUGUAUGAAAUGGGGUGGGUUGUGUUGUUUUUUUUUUUUUUUAAUCUAUGCUAUGUUGUAAUGGUUAGUCAUUUCAUUGCAAUGAUAAAUGUGCUUGUCCCUUAUGCCUUUUACUGGAUACAUCUGUUUGGUUUUUCAGUCUGAUGGGUGCAAAAGCAAAGGUACAGAUGAAUGUAUGUUUGAACCUGUUUGAUAUCACUAACCUGUCAGCAGCAGCAUGAUAAACAGUCCUAACCGUUCUGCUACAAUCAAUACUGUCCUGUUAUAUACUGUAUGUCCGGUGUGUUCACUUCAUGUUCAUUCCCUAUGGUGGUUGAAAAAUCACUUAUUUCAACCAGUUAUUUGUAGGUGUGACAGUUAAGGGGAAAAAUAUUUUUUUGUGCAUUGAAUUGGGAAAUAAAUCUUCUGUAUAAAAAAAAAA